AUGGCGUCCCUCAAGAGCUCCGUGCCACAGACGCUGAGCAAGCGCGAGUACGACCCUGAGAUCAAGGACAUGGCCAGCUAUAUCCACAACACCCCAGUCGACUCGGAGCUUGCGUUCGAUACCGCCCGCUGGGUCUUCGUUGACACGCUUGGCUGCGGUCUGGAGGGGCUGCGCUUCGAGCAGUGCAGGAAGAUCCUCGGUCCUGUUGUGGAAGGCACGACCGUACCCAAUGGCUGCAAGGUACCUGGUACCAACUAUCAGAUGGACCCCGUCAACGGUGCCUUCAACAUUGGCGCCAUGAUCCGAUGGCUCGACUUCAAUGACUGCUGGCUCGCUGCCGAGUGGGGCCACCCCUCAGACAACCUGGGGGCGAUCCUCGCAACUGCCGACUGGAUCACACGAACAAACAAGGCUGGAGGCAAUCUCGGCAAUGGCAAGAUCUUCAAGGUCAGAGAUGUCCUUGAGGCAAUGAUCAGGGCACACGAGAUCCAGGGCUGCAUGGCUCUAGAGAACUCGUUCAACAAAGUCGGUCUGGACCACGUCAUUCUGGUCAAGCUGGCUUCCACAGCUGUCGUGUCCAAGAUGAUGGGCCUCAGUGAGGCUCAGACACGUGACGCCAUCUCGCAAGCCUUCGUUGAUGGCCAAUCCAUGCGUACCUACAGGCACUCGCCCAACACCAUGUCGCGCAAGUCCUGGGCUGCUGGUGAUGCUUGCCAGACGGCCGUCAACCUCGUGCUGAAGGUUAUGAAGGGCGAGCAGGGUCUUCCCACUGUUCUCUCAGCGCCUACUUGGGGCUUCUACGACGUCAACUUUGGCGGCAAGCCCUUCCAGUUCCAGAGAGGUUAUGGCAGCUAUGUCAUGGAGAACGUUCUCUUCAAGGUCUCUUAUCCGGCUGAGUUCCACUCCCAGACCGCCGUCGAAGCUGCGCAACGCCUCAACAAGAAGUUGGCCGCAAUGGGCAAGAGCGCCAAAGACAUCGAGGGUGUCGUGAACCGUACCCACGAGGCCUGCAUUCGCAUCAUCGAUAAGCAAUUCAAGCCUAUGGAGAACUUUGCUGACCGCGAUCACUGCGUUCAAUACAUGGUCUCCACCAUGUUUGUGUUCAACCGCCUUGAAGCCACUGACUACCCAGAUGAUAGUGAAGCCGCUACAUCGGAACUCGUCGAGUCUCUCCGACAGCGCAUUAGCUGUGUGGAGGACCCGCAAUUCACCAAGGACUACCACGACCCUGAGAAGCGCACCAUCUCCAACGCGCUGACCGUAACACUCAAGGAUGGAACCGUGCUGGAAGAAGAGGUUGUUGAGGCUCCUCUUGGCCACCGGUUGCGACGUGAAGAAGCAAAGCCUGAAAUCCUCGCCAAGUACAAGAGGCAUCUCGGCCCGCACUACCCGUCGCAACACGUUGACAAGCUUGUCGCAUUGGCGCAAGACAGCAAGACGCUCGAUAACAUGGACAUCGACGAAUACGUCGAUCUUGCGCCUCAUGGCCGUGUCCUCAAUAAGUACUUCUUGAGAGCUCCUAAUCUAGCCUGUGCUCAUUACCAAUCUUUCUUUGCUGAACCCUCGUACAUCGUUUAUCAACCCUCUGCGGAAGUCACCCGUCCAUCACCCCUGCCUUCCCGUCUUUCGCGCCUACAUCUCUGGACCCUGGUGCAGUUAUCGCCUAUCAACGACAUGUCAACCACAUCGAGAACCGCCCUUACUGGCGGCAACAGCGCUGACUCGCUCGACGAUGCGGAAAAGGGCAUGUACGAUAGUACGUUGGAGUUGACGGCACCAGGCUUCGUGUACAUGGAGCAAAAAAGGCCGAUACACAUUGUUACAUCGUUACUGCCCGCUUCUCCCGUCCACCAAGGCAUAACACCAUGCACGAGUGUACCGGAACUGUCAUUGUCUCUGCCAUCAGGACGAAAACCUACCGAUGCCGCUGAACUAGACACCACCGUGAAGAAGCCAGCUGGGGAGAAACCUCAAAAGCCAAAGAUCAGCCGAUGGAUCCUGUUCGAUCUUUGGUUCAACACAUACAGAAAGUUCUUCACGUUCGUCACAUUGCUCAACCUCACGGGAAUCAUCUUGUCCGCCUGCGGUCGCUUCAAGUACGCCGAGGAACACCUCGGCGCUUUAGUACUGGGUAAUCUCCUUUGUGCUAUUCUGAUGAGGAAUGAACUAUGGAUGCGUUUCUUAUACUUGGUCGCCAUAUAUGGGUUGGGAUGGGCACCUGUAUGCGUCAAGCUCGCUGCGACAUCUGUCCUACAACAUGUUGGAGGCAUACAUUCUGGAUGCGCGUUGUCUGGUGCUGCCUGGCUCGUCUACAAGUGUGUCGACAUCAUUCGAUAUCGUGCCGUACAACAUCCUGCCGUGAUUGCGAGUGGAAUCAUCACCAACUUUUUCAUCAUCGUCUCGGUGUUGAGUGCCUUUCCUUGGGUCCGCAACACCUAUCACAACGUGUUCGAGAAGCACCACCGAUUUGUUGGAUGGCUAGGCCUCGCAAUGACGUGGGUGUUUGUUAUCAUGGGCAAUACCUACGACAUCAAGCGCGGCGAGUGGAGGACCACCGCUCACAGCCUACUCAGCGCACAGGAGCUCUGGUUCGCUGUCUUCAUGACUAUCUUUGUCCUCAUCCCAUGGGUUACCCUUAGGGAGGUAUCAGUCGAAGUUGAGAUCCCUUCACCCAAGGUCGCUGUCCUCAAAUUUGAGCGUGGCAUGCAGCAAGGCCUCUUAGGACGAAUCAGCCGCACAUCCAUCAUGGAGUACCACGCCUUUGGUAUCAUCAGCGAGGGACGCGAUGCCACCCACCACUACAUGAUCUGCGGUGUUCAAGGAGACUUCACAAAGAACCUCGUCGUCAACCCACCGAAGACUGUUUGGACGCGAGAGCUUAAGUUUGCUGGCGUAGGUCACGCCUCCGCAAUGUUCAAGCGCGGCAUUCGCAUAUGUACCGGUACUGGCAUCGGUGCUGCACUCUCCACUUGCAUCCAAUCACCUAACUGGUUUCUCAUCUGGAUCGGUUCCGACCAAGAGCGCACUUUCGGUCCUACAGUCACAGGCCUGAUUCACAAGCACAUCGAGCCUGAACGCAUGAUUCUCUGGGACAGCAAGAAGAGAGGUGGACGCCCUGAUACAAUGGAGCUACUAAGAGAUACGUGGAAAAGAUUCGGCGCGGAAGUCAUCUUCAUCACGAGUAACAGCCAGGGCAACGAUGAGAUGAUGCAGGGGUGUGCUAAGGAGGGUAUGCACGCUUUUGGUACCCUUUGGGACUUUUAG